CCAAAACAUGAGACACGUAUUCGACAGAGAAGAAGAUAGCAGCAGUCAGUGCCAAACUUCCGGACUUUCUAAUAUUACGUGACACGUAUGUUGAGCAGCAGUUGAGUCUACGAAUUGUUUAUCCGGGUCUUUAGAUGGUUGCCAGCUAGCUAGAAAUGCUUAUUGAUCGUGUUCGUCGUUUGUGCAAGCUACUGCUUAACCUUGAAGUAGAACAGAGUGCAAUGAUGUCAUGUGUGGAGCAUGUGAAGGUACAUGUGUGUUUCACGUGGAUGGAAGCUGUUGUGAAAUCAUCAGCAUUCUCUUGUGAUCCAGCUGUUCUUACUGGUCCUCGAGGUCUUCCUGGUCCUGUUGGUCAGAGAGGCAUGCCUGGGGUACCAGGAACACAAGGCUUGUCAGGCUUACAAGGUUUACCAGGAGCAUUUGGAAAGACGGGAGAUCCAGGUCCUGUCGGUGUACAAGGUCUUCCUGGUCGUGUUGGCCCAGCAGGUCAGAAGGGGUCAAUUGGAUUGCAAGGUGAGAAGGAUGUACCUGGAGUGAGAGGCAAGGCUGGAGUGAGAGGCAAGGCUGGACCGAAAGGAGAAAAAGGCAACAUUGGAUUGCGAGGUUUUGUUGGAUUGAAAGGAGAACGAGGUGACGUAGGACAAAAAGGUGAAAAUGGAGUAAAAGGAGAAGUUGGUCGUAAAGGAGAUCAAGGUAUUCAAGGUCCAGUGGGUUCAAGAGGUUUACAAGGAGUUAAAGGAUUUCCUGGAUACAAAGGAGAGAAAGGUUCACAAGGUUUGCAAGGCAUUCCUGGAUUAACUCCACUUUCUGAAAUAAAGAAACUUGAAAGUUUGGUAACAAGAUUAUACAAUGAACUGAAGGUUCCCAGAGUUCCAGUUGGUGUUGAAGCUGGUACGUACAUGCAACAUGAGCACAUCAGGUGGAAAGUAUACAUAUCUUGUUCUGUAAUUAAGAUCAACUCUAUUCAGUUUGUGCAGAAGGUCCACUCUCUCCCACCUGUAAAGGUUUAUUGUGAUUAUUCUGUGAUCUCUAGUGGGUGUGCACUUGUGUGGAAACACUCAUAUUUUCAAGUUGGAAAUCCAACUGAUGACAUGCGUACUUUCAGUUCAGUGGAUCGUCCAUGUACUGAUCUGUCUGAUGGUUGGUGUAAUGUGGGUAACAAGGAUAAUGUUCCUGGUAAUGUUCAAUUGACAGUUGCUUAUCACGAAGGAGAAGUUGUGUAUGCAUAUGGUGGUGAUCAUAAUUCUGAACUGGGAAAGUCAUGGCGUGGAGCAAUACUCAACAAUCCAGUCAAAAUUACAGAUCAUUGCAAUCGAGGAAAUGGGAUUCCUCCAUCGAUACAAGAGUAUGAGAGACUGUCGCUGGGAGAAUUGUCAGUUACCUUCAUCUAUCUCAUCCAGAAAACAUCGUGUUCAAAUGACAGUUGCUAUAUUUCUUUGUUGACUUUGCCCACAGCACUCUAUGGGGACCUCACAGCAUCAUUUGCUUUUGUUGUGUUUCUGAUUUCCAACCAUAAAACUUACAUGGUAAAUGCAAUGAUGUCAUGUGUGGAGCAUGUGAAGGUACAUGUGUGUUUCACGUGGAUGGAAGCUGUUGUGAAAGCAUUGCCAUAUCAAUCAGUUCUUACUGGUCCUCGAGGUCCCCCUGGUCCAGUUGGUCAGAGAGGCUUACCCGGACCACCAGGAAGGAUGAGGGGCUUACCCGGACAACCAGGAAGGAUGGGAGAUCCAGGUCCUGUCGGCCGACCAGGACAGAAUGGGUCAAUUGGGUUGCCAGGUGAAAAGGGCAAGACUGGACGAAAGGGAGAAAAAGGCAUCAUUGGAGUGCAAGGUCCUGUUGGAUUGAAAGGAGAACGAGGUGACGUAGGAGCAAAAGGCGAAAAAGGAGUAACAGGAGAAGUUGGUCGUAAAGGAGAUCAAGGUAUUCAAGGUCCAGUGAGUCCAAGAGGUUUACGAGGAGUCAGAGGAUACAAAGGAGAGAAAGGUUCACAAGGUUUGGAAGGCAUUUCUGGAUUAACUCCACUUUCUGAAGUAAAGAGGCUUGAAAAUUUGGUGACAAAAUUAUACAAUGAACUGAAGGUUCCCAGGGUUCCAGUCGGUGAUGAAGCUGGUACAUGCAACAUGAGCACAUCAGGUUAUUUGUUCUACCACAAUACUAAUAAAUCUUUGCUGUUUUGUGAUUCUGAGAAGUGGGUUGAGAUGUGGAAACUAUACAUAUCUUGUUCUGUAAUUAAGAUCACCUCUAUUCAGUUUGUGCAGAGAGUCAAGUCUCUCCCACCUGUAAAGGUUUAUUGUGAUUUUUCUGUGAUCUCUAGUGGGUGUGCACUUGUGUGGAAACACUCAUAUUUUCAAGUUGGAAAUCCAACUGAUGACAUGCGUACUUUCAGUUCAGUGGAUCGUCCAUGUACUGAUCUGUCUGAUGGUUGGUGUAAUGUGGGUAAGAAGGAUAAUGUUCCUGGUAAUGUUCAAUUGACAGUUGCUUAUCACGAAGGAGAAGUUGUGUAUGCAUAUCGUGGUGAUCGUAAUUCUGAACUGGGAAAGUCAUGGCGUGGAGCAAUACUCAACAAUCCAGUCAAAAUUACAGAUCAUUGCAAUCGAGGAAAUGGGAUUCCUCCAGAGCCAAGUAUUCAUUCAUCUGGAAUAGCAGGAUUGACAUUUGACAAAUGGAAUCCUGGUGUAUACACUGGUAACUGUGAUACAGAUCGAUACAAGAGUAUGAGAGACUGUCGCUGGGCGAAUUGUCAUUUACCUUCAUCUAUCUCAUCCAAAACACAUCAUGUGCAAAUGACAGUUGCUAUAUUUCUAUGUUGACUUUGCACACAGCACUUCAUGGGGUAGUUGCAUGUUAAUCUUGUUUGCAUUGUAUGAAAUGUAACAUCUAGUAUUGUGAACCUUGAGCUUUCUUGUCAGGACUUCACAGCAUCAUUUGCUUUUGUUGUGUUUCUGAUUUCCAACCAUAAAAGUUUAUUGCAUGCAAAAUUGCAAUAACAAAUUGUUUUUGUAUUGCGUUGUAGCUUACAUCGUAAAUGGUAGUAGACAGCUAUUUUAUU